AGCACGGGGCCUUCCUCAUCAGAGAUAGUGAGAGCAGAAGGGAUGAUUAUUCACUCUCUGUGAGAGACGAUGAUACAGUGAAGCACUAUAGGAUCCGUCAGUUGGAUGAGGGGGGCUUCUACAUUGCACGACGAGCCACAUUCAGAACGUUGUCUCACCUCGUUGAACACUACACCAAGGAUGCAGAUGGGCUGUGUGUCAAUCUCCGCAAGCCAUGCACCCAGGUCAACAACACAACUCCUGUUGCUAUCAAGACCCUCAAGCCUGGUACCAUGGACCCAAAAGAUUUCUUGGCUGAAGCUCAGAUAAUGAAGAAGCUGAGGCACCCAAAACUCAUCCAACUGUACGCUGUGUGCACCCAAGAUGAACCAAUUUAUAUCGUCACUGAACUCAUGAAGUAUGGAAGUUUACUGGAAUAUCUUCAAGGUAAAGGACGCGGUCUUUCCCUUCCACAAAGGAUUGAUAUAGCUGCUCAGAUUGCAUGUGGCAUGGCUUACCUGGAGUCACAGAACUAUAUUCACAGAGAUCUAGCUGCUCGCAACAUUCUCGUCGGCGAGGUCAACAGCGUUAAAAUUGCUGACUUUGGACUGGCUCGAGUAAUCAAAGACGACGAAUAUGAGGCAAGGGUUGGUGCGAGAUUUCCCAUUAAGUGGACUGCUCCGGAAGCCGCCAACUACAACAGGUUCACCAUCAAGUCCGAUGUCUGGUCUUUUGGAAUUCUCUUAACUGAAAUUGUGACCUUUGGAAGGCUUCCCUAUCCAGUCAAAAUUCGUCGGUUACGUUGCUGUUUGCACUUGGCUUUACCGUCCAACAAAUGUUUGACAUUGAGGGAGCAUCAGCAGGAUGACGUGAGGGGCAUGACGAACGCGGAAGUCCUUCACCAGGUGGAGCACGGCUACCGAAUGCCCUGCCCUCCCAACACCCCACAGGCCCUCUACGACAUCAUGCUGGACUGCUGGAAGAAGGACGAGAUGGAGAGGCCCACCUUUGAAACUCUGCAGUGGAGGCUCGAGGAAUUCUUCACGUUGCCAUCCAGUGAAUACACGGACUCCAAUAAUAUGGCUAAUAAAUAAAUUUAUUACAGUAAUUUUAUUUUACUUUUCACUGUAUACAUAUGAAGCUAUCGCCGUGAACCAAUCUACUGAAAGGGUUGGCAACGGUGUAAGUUAAUGUUUUAAACAACUUAUUUCCUCCUAUUUUUUUACUUAGCACGAUUUUGUUAGGCGUUUCAUUGUUAUGCAAGUGAAAGAUAUGCGUGCUCACGCACAUAACAAAGUACUAGGUCAUUUGGAAUGUCUCGACUCGUUUGUGUAUGUGAGCUUGCCUGUUUGCCUGUCUGCACGUUGUGAAAUAUUGAAUGAUAGGUUGGCAUUAGCAAAGAAGUUAAUGAUCUGACAAAUGACUGAUGUGCAAAUAUUUUAAUUUGAAAUUUCUUUUUUAUUGUUUGAGAAUAUAUCAUACAUCAUUAAUUGUAAAUGUCAUUCAGUUUUUGUUGUUUUGUAUACUUUUACUGUAAUAUUUUUAAUUUUACUGUAAGACACUAUUAAUAUACACCACAAUAUACUGUAAUAUACUCUAGCGCUUAUCUAUCCAAGCGAUGUCAGUUAAUGCGUGUUUAUGAUCGUUAGUUGAUAUUUAGCUAGGCUGGUUACAUCUUUUUGCCUAACCUAUUAGGCCGAAAAACUUCAAACAUAAUAUUCCAGUUGCAAAUAUGAUUGUGUUAUC